CAAAGGCCCGCUCUCUGGCCUCUUGUGCUUUCUUGAUCCAGUGGAAUCACGUUUAGGUGCAGUGGUUGGGCAGGAAAAGGGGUGGUGACGGUAGAGCAGAUCCAUUCAAUGCCUUCCUCAGAACGCGACAGAGGAAUCUGACGCUUUGUCGAGGUGUGCAGAGCCAGGCCAGGCAUGGAUACUUUGAUUCUUCAAGGAGCGCAGAGCCAGGCAGUCGCAGUGUUCCUGCGUCCAAAGUACUGACAAACGGAGGUGGAGAAUGUCUGUAUUGGAGGGAGGCUCGGACGAGAAGAUAGAGGCAAGGUGUGUGAUGGUGGGUCUUCAGAUGGAUGCCAAUGGCAAGGAAUUGCUUCACUGGGCAAUCAACAGAGUCGCGGAGCGAGGUGAUCGCAUUGUCGCCGUGACUGUCUGCAGGGAUUCCGAUCUGAAAAACGCUAUCAGCACCCUGUCCAUAUUAACCGUGUUAGAAGAUUUUCUAGCACCAUACGAAGAAGCCUGCAACUUUAAGAUGGUUUCUCUUGUCGGUCGUGUUGUUCGUGGUAGUUCGAUUCGGAAAACCCUAGUGAAUGAGGCCAGGAUUUGUGGAGCCACGAGCAUCGUUGUCGGAGCAAACAAAUAUAUCUCAAUAGGGAGCUCUGCCUUAGUUGCCAAGUAUUGUGCCAAGAAGCUCCCUCCAACCAUUUCCCUAAUUACAGUUCAAGAUGGACGGGUCAUCUUUGAAAAGAAAGCUACUUUUGAAAAAGCAUCCCCUGGAGAAGCACCACCCCCAAGUCUGCCAAGUAUGUUGCAUCGCAGACUUUGUAUGCAGCACGGAAUGGCCAUACCAAACUCUGAAGAAGAGGCUGGUAAAGAAUCCCUGAAAGCAUCCAAUUCUGGAUUUGAAAACAAUGGAAAGAAGGCAAUCUCAAAUGACAAAAAUCAUGUCUGCGAGGGGGCAAGAGCAGCUACUCAAACCUCGGUCACAGUAUUGGUUAGACAGCUGCCACAGCCUGGGAUAGGUUGGCCUCUACUGCGAAAAGCAGUGAAAGAAAGCAAAGCUGUGAAGAAGGCUGAAGGUGCUCGAAGAUUAUCAGUCGUCCAAUGGGCCAUGGCUUUACCCGAUAGGAAUUUCUCAUCAGCUCAACCAUUGUUUCAGCUUUCCAAGGAGUUGCGGACGACCCUCAACGACAAUAACUCGAGCUGCAAAUGGUUUCAAUAUGAGGAACUACUGAGUUCGACUAAUCAGUUCGCUCCAGAAAACUUGAUAGGCAAAGGAGGAACUGGCCAAGUAUACAAAGGCAACCUUCAGAACGGUCGACAGAUUGCUAUAAAAUUAUCUCAGCUGUCUACAAAAUCAUCAAGAGAUUUCCUUCAGGAGGUUGAUAUAGUUACAAAACUUGAUCACCCACAUGUAGUCUCAUUAUUAGGCAUUUGCGUAGAGAAGAACAAUCUUAUUUCUAUAUACAAAUAUUUCGUUAAUGGAAGUUUGGAGGAAAUUUUGCAUGGAAAGAAUGCCAAAGAGCCAUUACCUUGGGAGACAAGAACAAAAGUAGCAAUGGGGAUUGCUAAGGCUCUUAACUAUCUUCAUCAUGGUUCUCAAACAGUGAUCCACCGAGAUGUGAAAUCUUCAAACAUUCUUCUUGACAGCGAAUUUGAACCUCAGUUAUCUGAUUUUGGCUUAGCUAUCUGGGUUCCAAAAACCUCAAACUACCUAACACAGAAUGACAUUGUCGGAACUUUCGGAUACCUUGCACCUGAGUACUUCAUGUAUGGAAAAGCUAGCAAUAAGAUUGAUGUCUACGCUUUUGGCGUCGUUCUACUGGAAUUGUUAACUGGAAGAAUGCCCAUCAAUGACAAUAGUCCUAAAGGUCAAAAAAGUUUGGUGAUGUGGGCGACACAAGUUAUUGAGAAUGGAAAUCUAAUGGAUCUAGUGGAUCCCAAACUUGAUGCCGACUAUGACAAAGACCAGAUGAGAAGAAUGAUCUUAGCUGCAUCUCUUUGCAUAACAAGAAUAGCUCAAUUCCGACCCGCAAUCAACAAGAUAUGCAGUCUUUUACAAGGAGAAGACGACAUCGAGAAAUGGAUAUGCUGCCAGGCAGAUUCCAUGUCAGAUCUGGUAGAUUGUCCAGAUGACGAGGCCUAUCCAACUUCUAACAUUGGAUCACUAGAGCAUGCAUCUAUCGAUGUGGAUCACAAUGCAUCAUUGACCAGCAGUGACAAGCGUGGUUACUGGCAAGAAUAUCUCAGAGGUAGAUGGAGUCGUUCCAGUUUUUAUUAGCUCUUCACAAUCUUACCCAUCCAUUGUUUGUGUUCUUCUGAAUAGAAAUCCCUUGUACAUAAUAAAGCCUGGUUUUGAGUCAGGAUAACUUUCCGACCAAAAACCGGGGUCAUGAUUGUAUGAAGUAGAGAAUAAGAGAAACAUGAGCAACACAAACAUUUUCGAUGGGUUUCCCUCAA